AUGUCCAAGCCGGUGGACCACGUCAAGCGGCCCAUGAAUGCCUUCAUGGUGUGGUCGCGGGCUCAGCGGCGCAAGAUGGCCCAGGAGAACCCCAAGAUGCACAACUCGGAGAUCAGCAAGCGCCUGGGCGCCGAGUGGAAGCUGCUCACCGAGUCGGAGAAGCGGCCGUUCAUCGACGAGGCGAAGCGCCUGCGCGCCAUGCACAUGAAGGAGCACCCCGACUACAAGUACCGGCCGCGGCGCAAGCCCAAGACGCUGCUCAAGAAGGACAAGUUCGCCUUCCCCGUGCCCUACGGCCUGGGCGGCGUGGCCGACGCCGAGCACCCGGCGCUCAAGGCGGGCGCCGGGCUGCACGCGGGCGCGGGCAGCGGCGGCCUGGUGCCCGAGUCGCUGCUCGCCAACCCCGAGAAGGCGGCCGCUGCCGCCGCAGCCGCCGCGGCGCGCGUCUUCUUCCCGCAGUCGGCGGCCGCCGCCGCCGCCGCCGCCGCCGCCGCCGCCGCCGGGAGCCCCUACUCGCUGCUUGACCUAGGCUCCAAGAUGGCAGAGAUCUCCUCGUCCUCGUCCGGCCUCCCGUACGCGUCGUCGCUGGGCUACCCGACCGCGGGCGCCGGCGCUUUCCACGGCGCGGCGGCGGCGGCUGCAGCGGCGGCCGCGGCCGCCGGGGGGCACACGCACUCGCACCCCAGCCCGGGCAACCCGGGCUACAUGAUCCCGUGCAACUGCAGCGCGUGGCCCAGCCCCGGGCUGCAGCCGCCGCUCGCCUACAUCCUGCUGCCGGGCAUGGGCAAGCCCCAGCUAGACCCCUACCCCGCGGCCUACGCCGCCGCGCUAUGA